UCUGUCGCCUAUGGAACAGCCCACUGUACGGAAUGGAUGCUAUGAUGGCGGCCCUCAUGGUGGAACGCCUUGGCGCAGCCAUGUUCCUCGCUCGGCACCGCUGCUCAUGGACAAAGUCUCUGCAAAUCCAUAACUGCACCUUGUUCAGAGAUUUGUUGGUGUCUCUGUGGAGCUGUUGAACUUUCCGCAUAUUGGAGGCUGCAGGAUCUUCCAUUUAUUCUGACUGCAGCCCACAUACAAAGGCCUCUCCAGCUUUGGAAGCUGGGCUGGUACUCAGAGUCAACAUGCCAGCUAAUGGGAAAUCACCCCAGAGGUUUCCUGCCCUGGUUCCAGGACAAACUGGCAGAUCGUUUGAAGGAUCUGUGUCAUUUGAAGACGUGGCUGUGGAUUUUACACGACAGGAGUGGUACAGACUGGACCCUGCCCAGAGGACCAUGCACAAGGAUGUGAUGCUGGAGAACUACAGCAACCUGGCGUCUGUGGGCCUCUGCGUGGCCAAACCAGAGAUGAUCUUCAAGUUGGAGCGAGGGGAAGAACUGUGGAUAUUAGAGGAGGAAUCCUCAGGCCAUGGUUACCCAGGCUCUCUCUCACUGCUGUGUGCCAACAAUUCUGUUGGGAGUAAUGCCCUCAGUCAUGAUAAUGACGUUCAGCAUCAGAAGAUUCAAACUUUGGAUCAAACUGUUCAAUAUGGGAAAGCCUUCUACAAGAGAACAGGCUUUGCUGGACAUAAAAGAACACACACAGGAGAGAAAAACUUUGAAUGUCAUGAAUGUGGGAAAACUUACUGCAGGAAAUCAAAUCUUAUUGAACAUCUGAGAAUACACACAGGCGAGAGACCCUAUAAAUGUGGUGAAUGUGCAAAAACCUUUAGUGCAAGAUCAUACCUCAUUGCUCAUCAGAAAACUCACACAGGGGAGAAGCCCUUUGAAUGUAAUGAAUGUGGAAAAUCUUUUGGCAGGAAGUCACAACUCAUUCUGCAUCGGAGAACACACACAGGAGAGAGACCCUAUGAAUGCACUGAGUGUGGGAAAACCUUUUCUGAGAAGGCAACCCUCAUGAUUCAUCAGAGAACUCACACAGGGGAGAAACCCUAUGAAUGUGGCGAAUGUGGGAAAACAUUUCGCGUUAAGAUAUCCCUUACUCAACACCAGAGAACUCACACAGGGGAGAAACCCUAUGAAUGUGGUGAUUGUGGGAAAAACUUUCGUGCAAAAAAAUCCCUAAACCAACAUCAAAGAAUUCACACAGGAGAGAAACCCUAUAAAUGUGGUGAAUGUGGGAAAUUCUUCAGAAUGAAGAUGACUCUCAAUAAUCACCAGAGAACUCAUACAGGUGAAAAACCCUAUCAGUGUAACGAAUGUGGGAAAUCUUUCAGGGUGCACUCAUCUCUCGGAAUACAUCAGCGAAUUCACACAGGAGAGAAACCUUAUGAAUGUAAUAAAUGCGGUAAUGCCUUCUAUGUCAAAGCACGCCUCAUUGAACAUCAGAGAAUGCAUUCAGGAGAGAAACCCUAUGAAUGUAGUGAAUGUGGAAAAAUCUUCAGUAUGAAGAAAUCCCUGUGUCAACAUCGGAGAACUCACGUAGGAGAGAAACUUGAUGAAUGAGGUGAAUGCAGAAAUGCCUUCUAUGUGCAAGUAUGCCUCAUUGACACAGGAGAGAGACCCUUUGAAUGUCAAGAAUGUGGGAAAGCCUUCUGUCAGAAAGCACACCUCAGAGAACAUCAGAGAACUCACUUAGGCCAGCCCUUGCCUUGUACUAUGGAGAAAGCUUCUCUAAGAAGAUUCCCCUCACCAUUUGACCAAGCCCUUUCUGCCAUCUGAUUACUGGUGCACACAGAGUGCACUUGUAACAAUUUGGCUCUUACAUUGGUGUGAAAAUUGUCCUGAUCGCCUUAGGGAGUGGCUCAUUGAUGUUUUAAUUUCAUUUGGAUUUCCCUAAUUAGUGGUGAGGUUGAACAUUGGCUUACCUGUUGACUGGCCAUUUGUUUUAUUUCGUCUGUGCAAUGACUGUUCAUAUCCUUUGCUCAUUGUUUUCUAAUGGGCUGUUUAUCUUUUACUUCUUGGUUUAAAUGUUGUAUUUCUUGUUUUUUUUAAUAUAUGAAAGUAUAAAAAUCAUUUUUCAGUCAUGUGUGUUGCAAAUAUCUCCUGUGACUGGUUCUUUAAUUUUUUUAACUCUUUUUUUCUGCCGAGGUUUUAUGUUUUCAUAUUAUUGGUUUCAAGGUGAUAAUAUUCUCCUAUACUUUCCUCUAAAGUGAAGGUUUCACUUUCAACAUUUAGAAUUUUAAUCUACCCUAAUUUUUUUCUGUGUAAUAUGAAGUCUACAAUGUAUAAUGCUGUAUUUCUUUUAAAUACUUUACAUCAGUGGUAUCACACUAUUUUUAAACUUAUGCAACUUGCUUUUUUUCACGAAAUGUUACAUUUCCAAGAUCUAUACAUGUUGAUAAAUAUAUUUAUUUCUCUCCAUUCCCCUAGUGAAAGACAAUUGUAUAGUUUUUGUGUUUAGUGUUUACAUCUAGAAGUGGAAAUGAUGGGUCUGGGGUGUAGACAGUAUGCCAGUUAUUAAUCUAUUGUGCUUCAGCUCCAAACCUACCCUUCUAUACUGGGCUUUGUGAUGCUGGGGCCAUGACUCUACAGAACACAUUUCUGUCUUGCCAGCUGCUAUUCCCUGUUGGGUCUUACCAGUAAGAGAUACUAAAUGUAAAUAUUGAGCCUGCGGAAGGAAGAAGGGACUUGCUCCUUUUUUCCUUCUGGUUGGCUCCCUGUUCAUCUGAGUGUCAGCCCAGCAUUGCUUCUUCACUUGGGCAGCAGCAGUUCCUCAUGAUAGCAGCAGUUUAAUCUAGUUUGCACUUUUCCAGCACUAACAGCUUUAGGGUACCCCACCCCCUCAGAGACCUGGCAGCAUCUGGCUGGUGCCACCUCCUUAGAGGUAUGAAUCCCAGUCACAUGAGACCCCACUUCCAACCUUCUAUUUUCAAUAAUUCCAACUUCUUCCCUUGUUACCCUAGGCCAGCUGCUUUCUGCAGUUGCUACCUCCAUGAUAAUUUUAAUGUUCUCUUUUUGUCUUUUAAGUUAUGUGGUUAACAACUUCAUCAGUAGUUAAAAAUUCAUUAUAAGUUCUCUCUGUUAAAAUAAUCAGUAUGGUUUCUGUCUCCUAACUGGGUUCUGAUUGAUAUAGAAGUUUUUCAACUUGACUAAAUUUUAAAGUUAA